CAAUCGCUACAAAGACUCUAUUAUCAAAGAAAUAAGGAAAGGGGUGACAUUUGGCACCAGAUAUUCGGAAGUGUGGAAGAGCAGCUGUGAAGUAGUACUAUCAUUUUUAUCUUUUAAGAUAUUUCUGACUAAGAUACUUAACUUGGUUAGAUGCAGCUUUCUGAACUAAGAACUGUAUCUAAAUGUUCAUCUAUUUGUGACAUACACCACACAUGAAAAAUAAAAACAGUGGGAAAAUAAAAGAAGAUUUCUCUGUGGUGAAAGUUAAGUAUUAGCUGCAUUGCAUGUUCAGAGUCUGUAAAGAUUGAUUUUUUGUCUGUGCAUUAUGGAAAAAACUCCGGAUGGCGUGUUCUUUCUUGAUGAACUAAGAUCCACUUGUUGGUUUCCAUCUACUGUAACCUUACUAAGUUGUACAAAUCAAUUUACUGUUUUCUUCAUUUGUUUCUUUUGCGGAUCAAGGAACAGAAAGUAAAGAAAGUUAAACAAAUGUACAUCAAUCCAUUUGUGACUUCAGAGAAUUCUCUUUUAGCUGAUAAAAGUUUCAUGAGUGGACAAAGUGAACCAUCUCAUGCUAAUGGUACCAGGCUAGAAUGGACUGACAAAAUGAAUGGCACGUUGCCCUCACAUCUUGCAGAUAUCACAAAUGUAGCUUCUAGAAGAUGCAGAAGAGUGUAUGCACAUGCUCAUGAUUUCAACAUCAAUUCCAUCUCAAACAAUAGCGAUGGCGAGACAUUCCUUUCUGGGGAUGACCUUAGGAUAAACGUAUGGAACCUUGAUGUCAGAGACCAGUGUUUCAACAUCAUUGACAUGAAGCCAAAAUAUAUGGAAGAUCUUACAGAGGUGAUUACAUCAACAGAAUUCCAUCCAUUUCACUGCAAUUUGUUGGCUUAUAGUAGUUCACGGGGAUUCAUCCGACUUGUUGACAUGAGGAAAUCUGCACUAUGUGAUCACAGUGUGAAAAUAUUGCAAGAUGGGGGGAGCCGUGGCCCAAAAACACUUUUCAGUGAAAUCAUAACUUCCAUAUCUGAUAUGAAGUAUGCAAUGGAUGGAAGGCAUAUCUUAAGUCGUGAUUACAUGACUCUGAAGUUAUGGGACACACUCACAUGGAGACUUCCCCAGUUGCAACGUAUAAGAUUCAUGAACACCUGCGCCCUAAGUAUAAUUGAUAUAAUACAUGUUGUGUGGCAGCUUUCUAAGCUGUAUACAAAUGACGCCAUUUUCGAUAAGUUUGAUUGCUGCCUGAAUGGAGAUGGACUUCAAUUUGCAACUGGAUCUUACAGCAAUUGUCUUCUUAUAUUUUCUUGUGGAUCUGAGAAUGAAGAUGGCAUCACACUGGAAGUUAGAAAAAGUCCAAAUAGGAAACCAACCUCUCAAGCUACUACAAGGCCUCGAAGGUCGUCAUUGAGCAACUUGACUCGAGAAUUUUAUCGUCAAGGACAAGAUAGCUCAGAAAAUGAGAUUUCCUGUAAUCUUAAGUCCAUGUUGCUGCAUCUGGCUUGGCAUCCAACGCACUAUUUGAUGUUCUGUUGGAAGCAGCUUGUUCAUGUACCAUGCAUAAAGUGCCAUGAAGAGGACUGAGAGUAGUAACCUUCCUGUUCAUGGGCUUUGCCCCCUGUAAAUGGUAUUUUGUCCCUGUCCAUAUAGUAACAGCAUUUCUCACGUUGGGUAGUCAUCUUGAUCUAAUCUCACAGGUAGCAGUCUGCCAUUACAAGUUCCCAUAAAUAUAUUUUAUGGACAGAAAUUUUUUUGUUAACAAUUAACAAUUUUUUUGUUAAAAAAUAUACAGAAAUUUGACGCUUGCAUAAAUAUAUUUUAUGCACAUCUGAA